AUCCAGCCGGGACAGACCGGGUCGGAAGAGCGAAGAGGAUAGACGAGGCAGGCAGGCGGGAGAGAAAGAGAGAGAGAAUCGGAAUGGAAAGACAGCCAGGUUGCUCGACGAGGUGGUAGCGGUGAGGGGCGAGGCGAAGAGAAUGGCUUAGCCUGGCGCUGCCACGAUCGGAGCCACGAGUGGAGUGUCGAGAGAGCAACCGAGGUCCCGUUGGCCCUGGUGGUCGCCCGCACCGGGUGAGGCGUCAUGAAAGCGCGCCAGUCGACCGAGUGCACCUACGGCCGUACGAAAGCACGUUGAACGCUUCGUUUGCUUCCCAUUUUCUCGGCUGCCGAUUUUUCUCUCCGUCGCACUUCCGCCUGACUUCGAAGUACGACGUCGACACGCGGCGGCCGUUACAGUAUCUCCCAGGACUUCGAUCCAGGUGUUCAUCUGGCUUGCAGGAUGACGAAGACGUCGUGCGGACGUCCGGCUGGAACUACGAGAGGCUACAAACGAGAUCACGAAUUUAAGAGAUGUCGUUCUCUUCUUCGUUAAAAAAAAAAACCACAAUCGGAGCAUCGCAAAAAAGCACGGCCAGUGUGCUGAUUUUUAAUUGACACCGCGCGACGACCUCGAAGAGAAAAAACUCUCCUGUGCGUUUGAUGAAAAAAAAUUGGUGUUGUUUCAUGGUGUUUGUUUAAAAUUUAACUCCGUAUUUUAUAACAAUGCCUGAGCGGAUUCCUCUCCGAUGAUUUAACGAGAAUACAUAGGGAGCGGCAUAGACAAUGACUUCGAAAUAAUGCUCAGGUAUAUGCUCCUUUGUUAGCUAAGGCGGAGCGUUUGUAAUCCUAAAUACACGAUACCUGCAUCUCAUGGAUGUUUCGUCCUGGCGGACGAUUCAGAAUAACUUCGCGUCGGACGUAACGCAUGGCAGAUCUUCUCACGCGUGACAUCGUGCACAUAAAGCGUGAUAGAGUAACGGAAGGAAGUUUCCUUGGUAAGUGAACGUCAUAGUUCGGCCGUAACUUAUAUUUCGUAUCAGUUUUCGUGUCGUGUUCCGUCACGCGAUCGAGUUCGUAUGUUUCGUCAGUGAUAUCCGAUGAUGCGAAGUCAUUCACUAAUUAGACACGUGCGACGCACAAGAGAUUGGAGUUUGAUUACUAAAAAUAAUUUUUCGAAUUCUACAUUAAGUCGAAUUGUCGAGUAAUAAAAAUUUCAAUAAGAGUCAAGAGAGAAAGAUUGCAGUAACAAAUGCGGGAGGAACGAUUAAAUCGAUUAUUUUUUCUCUGAGUAAAACCAUGUGCUUCCGAUCAGCGAGCAAUCUCACGGCUAUUUCCAAUGUUUUCUGAAGCCUGCUUCGUUACCUCGUUGUCGUCACGUUGACCGCGCUAUAGGGCGCCACCCCUGCAGUUCGUUAUUUCGUUCCGCACAUUGGAGUGCUCAAAUUGGAGAGUAACGAAGGGCGGAAACUAAUCCAGAAGUUGAUAUCACGUUUUUUACUCUUCGAAUAGACAAACGCAAUGCAAAGAACAUACGUGGAAAAGAGCGCAAAUAGAAGUAAAAAUACUACGCUAUGCAUUCUGUGCGACACAACAAAGUAAUUUUAUAAUCAUCUUCUACUCGCUCUGCUAUUCUUCACGUCACGUAUUUCGAGAAAAAAUCAAACUACUUGGUUUUUAGUGUGGGAAAAACCAGUAUUCUACUGAACAACAUGAAAAGAAGCAGAACCAAAAGAUAGGAAACGCAGAAGAGAUAAAAAGUUGUCUAUCAUUCUUUGAUAACUAUUUAUGUAUGUACUAAUAUAUACAUUUUUAACAUCAGAUAGAGAUGUUAAAAUGUGAGAAGCACAAUAAAAGUAAUAAAUGAAAAAUAUUAUUAUAUCAAUCAAUCUUCCGAGGAACAUUCGGCUUUUUAUCUAAGAAAAACAUUGCGAUAUUUAAAAUCAAGCAUUCCACGUCUGGGUAUAUUCGAGAGAAAAAUAAAAACGAAUGCACUCGAUAAAGACGACCCACUUCAAUUUGGCACGAAGAUAAUGCGAUUCGUCGAAGCAGAAUUUAAUGAGGAACGCGCGCUGUGAGACAUAUGAAAAUGAUUCACAUUUUGAUUUACUGAAUCUGGGAAAAUUUAUAUAACUCUGAGCCACGUGACACGGGUGGAUGCGCCGGGUCCGAGUGGGGGCAGUCCGAGGACUAAAAGCAGCCGACGUUUGAGGCUGGCGCGCUCGAGUCAUUAUUUCCUCGUGCUUCGUUUCCGCGAUAACGUGCAGCUUUCAGCCAGAAGGCUCGACGACACGCGGUCCGCCGGCUGAUAUGGCAGCCGCCGUUUCUGCCACCGCGAUUUCUCAGCUCCAUCGCUGCCUCCGACGCCGGCGUAGCUGUCAAACAGCCAAACAGGUGUUACCGCGAGGUGCCCGGGGUGGGAUACGCGAUUUCUUGUGAUAGCACACGCGCGGCGCGGCUCGAAAAAGUGAGUCCCAGUGCCGUCGAUCGAUCGAUGUGACACGCACAUACAUUCCUCGCGCAUUCCUCGACACUUAACUGCACGCCGCAGGUGUCUUCGCGGGUGUCAUUCCGUGAAGUGUUAGUGAGUGCCUCGGUGAGGAGGCCCCGAGAGCAAGGGAUAAGGGUCUUGACGUUGGUGGAUUAUAUUCUUCGAGGAUGACGAACCGCGGAGUCUCCUGUCUGCAACCGAUAUUCAUGUUUAUCGGUGUCCUUCUGCUGUUGCUGACUUUUUUAGCCAAGGUUACACAUUCGGCCGAUCUCGCGAUCGAGAUACCGGGCAACCUGAGCCAGGAUGAUUCCUGGUACCGUUUGGAUUACAACCCGCCCGUCGGCUCUCCGCCGCCAAACACUACUAUAGCUGCCAUCGACAUCGGUGAUGUCAUAAAGUUCAGGGACGGUUUGCCCGGGACGAGAUACGAAUACUGGUUGUAUUACAGCAACAGCACUCUUCAUGAUUGGCUGACAUGGACCGUGUCGAUCACAACGCCGCCCGAUCCUCCUUCAAACUUGACGGUGUCGGUGCGAAAUGGGAAAACCGCGAUCGUAUAUUGGUCGCCGCCGGCCCAGGGGAAUUAUUCCGGUUUCCGGUUGCGGACGCAGAGCUUCAGCGAGAUCGGAAAUCCCAGGACCAGCAUCAUUCCGGUCGACUCGGUGCCCUACACGCUGCGAGAUCUCACACCUGGUGCCACGUAUUCACUUCAACUGUUCACCGUGCUGGAGGCGAAAGAGAGCGUCGCCUACACCAGCAGGAACUUUACGACAAAACCGAAUACUCCGGGAAAGUUCAUCGUCUGGUUCAGGAAUGAAACGACGCUGUUGGUAUUAUGGCAGCCGCCUUAUCCUGCCGGAAUAUAUACGCACUACAAAGUUAGUAUAGACCCGCCAGACGCCAUAGAAUCCAUUCUCUAUGUAGAGAAGGAAGGCGAACCACCUGGUCCUGCACAGGCUGCUUUCAAAGGACUCAUUCCAGGUAGAGCGUAUAAUAUUUCCGUGCAGACCGUUUCUGAGGACGAAACAUCCGCGCCUACCACAGCUCAGUACCGUACGGUACCGCUGCGUCCUCUCAAUGUGACUUUCGACAAAUCCUCCAUCACGUCGACUUCCUUCCGCGUGUUUUGGAACCCUCCGAACGGAACGUCCGAAUUCGAUAAGUAUCAGAUAUCGCUCGGUAGUAAUCGGAGGCUCGCGCCGGUCACGCGAAACCGAGACGAUGAGAGCAGAUGGGAGUUCAAGGACUUGGAGCCUGGCAAGACAUAUCAAGUGGUCGUAAAGACGGUUUCUGGCAAGGUCACCAGCUGGCCGGCCAGCGGGGAUGUCACUCUGAAGCCGCUACCUGUUCAGGAUCUCAGAGCGGUGAUCGAUGAAAAAACCGGCAUGGUCGAAAUUUCCUGGAAUCCGGAGAAUUCCAGUACGCAGGACAGUUACAAGUUACAGUACCAUGAAGUGGAAACGACGAUUGGUGGCGACAGCAACACUUUGGCAACCGAUAAAACCAGGGUCACCCUGGAAGCUCUGCUGCCGGGUAGAAAUUAUUCCAUAAUCGUUCAGGCGAUUAGCAAUAAGAUCGAGUCAAACGAGACCGUCCUGUAUCAAGCGACGCGUCCUGCCAGUCCUAUAAUCGAAGAUCUGAAGCCUAUUGAGAAAGGUCUAAAUAUCUCCUGGAAGAGCGACGUUAAUUCUAAACAAGAAAAGUUCGAAGUCACCCACAACAGAAAUGAUACCGGAGAAAGUGCGACCACUCUGACUACGGAGUCGCAUAUUGUCUUGGAAGAUCUUUAUCCUGGCGCGGCGUACGAAGUCAAGGUCUUUGCCAUUAGUCAUGGACUCCGCAGCGAGCCGCAUGACAAUCUGCAAGCCGUCUUGCCGCAUCCGCCAAAGAAUCUCAGUAUCGAAAAAGUCACGAGCAACACCGUCGUCGUGCACUGGGAAGCUCCGACAGACUCAAUAUUUACCGAAUAUUCCAUCAGAUAUCGUACAGAGGAUGAUCCCAGGUGGGUUAAACUACCCAGCGUUCGCGACACGGAAGCGGAAGUGGCGGACAUGACACCCGGCGAUAGAUAUACUAUACAAGUGAAUACCGUCAGUUACGGCGUCGAAAGUUUGUACCCGUUGCACGUGAAUCACACAGUCAAACCUAAUCCGGUUUUGAAUAUCACACCGAUCAUCGACUCUACCAAUGUGACCCUCGAAUGGCCGCGGCCUGAAGGUCGUAUCGAAACCUAUGUUAUACGAUGGUGGCCUGUGGAUAAUCCAGCAGACAUCAGGAUGAAGAAUGUCAGCGAAGGCAACGAUGUCUCCGACAUCGGUUUCGAGGAGAAUUCUGUGCAAACCGAGAAGAUCUUAGUGAGCGACUUGAUGCCUGGAAUGCAGUACUUCUUCGUCGUCUACACGAUCUCCUACGAUCUCGUCAGUGACAUCAGCAAUUUAACAACAAGAACGAUGCCGCUGAUCCAGUCUGAGGUCGUCGUAGUAGUCGACCGUGAUCAAUCGGGAUCAUUGACGUUGAGGUACACGCCGACGCCGAUUCAAUCUUCGCGAUUCAAUCUCUACCGGUUCAGGAUUAGCGAUGAGCACAACACCACGAAGGAGCGCAUGAUAGACGACUCUGACACCAAGGUUACAUUUGUUGGAUUAACACCAGGCAAAUUGUACAAUGUUACUGUUUGGACAGUAAGCGAUAAUGUAGAGAGCAGACCUCUCCUGCGGCAAGACCGACUCUAUCCUGAACCGAUCACUGCGAUCCACGCGAUCAACGUAAAUGAUACGAGAAUCACCUUGACCUGGGACGUGCCGCAAGGAGAGUAUGACACUUUUGAAGUGCAGUACAUAAAUACGGAAGGGAACUACAUCCAAAAUAUUACCUCGGUCAACGUGAUCACCAUUUAUGAUCUAAAGCCGCAUAGAAAUUAUACGUUCACAUUGGUUGUACGUUCGGGUACAGAAUCUUCUUACCUGAGAGUCUCAAAUCCGCUCAGCGCCAGCUUCACCACCAGCGAAUCGUAUCCCGGAAAAGUGGACAAGUUUCAUCCUGUCGAUAUUCAACCGGGUGACAUCACGUUCAUGUGGUCGCUGCCUAGUCAGGAACAAAAUGGCAUUAUCAGAAAAUUCAGCAUCACUUACGGUUUAGAGGGCUCGACUCACACUCAGAUGCAAGACUUCAAACCGAAUGAGUUACGCGGUGUCAUCAAAUCUCUCAUACCGGGCAAGAGCUACGUCUUCCGAAUUCAAGCGGAGACAAAGAUCGGCUACGGUCCCGAAGCGAUAUGGAAGCAGAAGAUGCCGAUAUUGGCACCGCCGAAGCCGUCCACGCAAGUGGUGCCGACCGAAGUCUGCAGAAGCAGCACGACAAUACAAAUCAGAUUCCGGAAGAACUAUUUCAGCGAGCAGAAUGGCGCGGUCACGUCGUAUACGAUCAUCGUCGCCGAGGAUGACAGCAAAAAUGCUUCUGGACUGGAAAUGCCUAGCUGGAGGGACGUUCAAGCUUACAGCAUUUGGCCACCCUAUCAGGUAAUGGAACCGUAUUACCCUUUCAAAAACGGGUCUGUGGAGGACUUUACAAUCGGCUCCGAGAACUGUGAUAACAAAAUCGGAUAUUGUAACGGACCAUUAAAAUCAGGAUCCACGUAUCGAGUGAAGGUGCGUGCGUUCACCGCACCAGACAAAUUCACGGACACUAGCUACAGCUUCCCCAUUCAAACAGAUAAGGACAACACGGCCAUCAUAGUCGGUGUCACCGUUGCCAUAGCGUUGUUGCUGUUCCUAUUGGGUAUCGGACUAUUUAUGCGAAGGAGGAGAAGUCAGGGUCGCAAGACAACAGAAACCAGGGCAACCGACAAUCUGUCAUUGCCGGACAGCGUCAUUGAGACCAGCCGGCCUAUCAAAGUCGAAGAUUUUGCCGAGCAUUAUCGCACGAUGUCGGCGGAUUCCGACUUUCGGUUUUCGGAAGAGUUUGAAGAAUUGAAACACGUUGGAAGAGACCAACCGUGCACUGCGGCGGAUUUGCCUUGUAACAGACCGAAGAAUCGUUUCACAAAUAUUCUUCCAUACGAUCAUAGUAGGUUCAAGCUUCAACCUGUCGAUGAUGAAGAGGGUUCUGACUACAUCAACGCUAAUUAUGUUCCGGGUCACAAUUCGCCACGAGAGUUUAUCGUGACUCAAGGACCGUUGCAUUCGACUCGCGAUGAUUUCUGGCGAAUGGUAUGGGAGAGUAAUAGCAGGGCUAUCGUCAUGCUAACGAGAUGCAUCGAAAAAGGCAGAGAAAAAUGCGAUCAUUACUGGCCGAUGGACACGUUACCAGUCUACUACGGAGACAUUUGCGUCACGAUACUCAACGAGACGCAUUAUCCGGAUUGGAGUAUCACAGAAUUCAUGCUGUGCAGAGGUGAUGUAAAGAGAGUGAUACAGCAUUUCCACUUCACUACCUGGCCGGAUUUCGGCGUUCCUAGUCCGCCUCAGACUCUGGCGAGGUUCGUGCGAGCGUUCAGAGAACGAGUCAGGCCCGAUCAGAGGCCCAUAGUCGUUCAUUGUAGCGCCGGCGUGGGCCGUAGCGGCACCUUCAUCACGCUCGACAGAAUAUUACAGCAGAUUCUCGUGUCGAAAUACGUCGACAUCUUCGGGAUCGUCUGGGCGAUGAGGAAGGAGCGAGUCUGGAUGGUCCAGACGGAGCAGCAGUACAUUUGUAUCCACCAAUGUCUUCUUGCCGUCCUCGAGGGACAGGACACCACCGGGCCGCCACGAGAGAUUCAUGACAAUCAAGGAUUCGAAGAUGACGAAGGCAUAGCCGAAUCAGGAAUGUGACGGUUCAACUACUGGUUAGGAAUAAUGACUGGUGGAGACAAAAGUGGAUCUCGUUUUCCAAAGGUGCUUGAAUUCUCACCAGGAUUCUUCAAGUUUCCUUGGAAAAAGUAUAGUCAAAAAAAUGACAAUUUGAAUGGACAUGAAAAUGAAAGAGAGCAAUGCAACAAUGAUCAUUUAGAAAUAAGUUAAAUGGUGCGCGAAACCGAAAACGAUAGAACGAAAGAACAUGUUUUCGAAUAAUAUUUGAUAUUAGACACAACGAGCACAUGUUUUUAUUCUUCUAUCACUUACAUAUCGAAGAGGAGCGUGUUCAAUCCGUGAUACACGUCGAAUAGUGUAUCACGAUUAAGAUAAUUCUAUCAAGAGAGUGUAAAAAGGAAUGUCGAUAGCAGAAGAGGAUGUGAACGGACAAAUCGAAUAUGCUGCCAAGUGUGGGAUUACGAAUCAAAUGCGUGCGCGAUGUUUUUUUAUGUUGUGCGACGAUCGGAGAUUACGUCUUUACUAACAUAACUCAUCAUGCGUAUACAUAAGUAACAGGAAGCUGAUAAGACGCGCGAUGUUGAUAAAUGUAAGUCGUCUAUUAAUGAGUGCAAAGAUGCAUAUUCCACUGGUUGUGUCACGAUAAGGCCUCGAACCACAUCGCAUCCGCAAUGAAUCUAUCGUACGUCUUCGUUAGAUCGCAAUGUGUAAAAAAUAACCAAGAGCCACCGAAACGUGGCGCGGAUAUUACGAACUGGCGUCUUGAUUCCUCUCGAUGCGAAUAUUUUUCUGAGAUUACCACCAACAACACUUUGUUCAUGAUUCCAUGUUCGUACGAACAAACGGAAAUGAUUAUCCUACUAUGUUAUAUUAUUAUUAUCUUCUUUCACAAUUAAUGUAGUCCUAUCGCACGAAACUUAAGAAGCGAUUCGUUGCAAAAGCGAGGUGUAAAACGCUCGACACUGGUUGAGUUAUUGCUCGGAAUGGCAAAUAUCGUCCGUCCAAGAGCCAUACUAGUUGACGAUUUAAUAAGUAAUAACGUUAAAUGUAAAAACGAAUUACCUAGGAAGAAAAUCAGAAGGACGAGCGGGUGUGGAUGUGCAGAGCUUUUAAUCGAUCCUUACUUCUGAGAUGGGCGAAACAAUAUCAGUGGGAACAAGAAACUCGCAUUUCCGUAGAAGCCAUAUCAUUUUUGGAAGGAAUCGCAGUAUGUGUGUAUAUAUGUGCGUAUGCGUAUAAGUGUGUGUGCGCGUGUAUGUAGCUGAUCGAUAAUCGAUCGAGCGAUUGUUGUCCUGUUUCAUCAUCGCGAAUCAUGAUCGCCGCUGAAGAGUUAUAGAAUUUCAGAAGUAGAGCAACAACAAUUUUUAUUGUAAUUAAUACAGAUAAUCACACCUACAUGAGCAAUAAUUCUCACUUCUAGAUGAGAUAGAUAUUUCUUAUCUUUACAAUUUAAAAUUGAUUUUCUACGGUGAUUAUUUUCGCAGGACAAAUCGCUAAAAGAUCGAAUCAUCAUUUCCAGUAUUUAAUGUCGUCUUCGCGACGAGGUGUACUUAAUUUUGUACUCUUGACCAACAUUUAACAAAAUUUAAUUGAUUGCAUAUCAUAGGUAAAUUUUUUUCACGAUCGGAAUUACAUUUUCUUCACUAGAUUCUUAAAAAAAAGAACAUAAAUAAAUUUUAAAAAGUCAGUGUUCAUCAAUGUUAUAUUUUUGGAUGAGCAUUUUUAUAUCGGUCACAUUGUGAACCACAGAUCAAUAUAAACAAUAACAGGGACUAUUAAAAAUGCAUUACAUUUUACAGUAAGCGUCCUAUAUCCGGGAUUUUUAUUAAUCUAUCUAAUUUGAGAACACGAAUAACUUCGCGGAUGUAAUUAAUAAUUACAUAAAUAAGCAUGGGGAUCAGCAUGUGAGAUAAGGUACAUAUUUUAAAUGAAAUUUAUUCGAGAGCGGAACCAUUAGUAUUUUUAAAGGGCGAAUUAAUAAAAAUUCUGCUUAACCCAUCAAAAUUUCGUAUGAUAAUCUUAUGUAAUUGUACUAUACACGUACGUACUCACGUCAAUAGUAAUUAUAAUGCUGUUGAUAUGCUGCUAAAAUAUGCUAUCAGUGUCAAUUUAUUCGUAAAAAAUACGGAAGAUAUAUUAGAAAAAGGCACGCAGAAAAAAGAGAUCUCGAAUUUCUAGUGAAUCCGCUAUUUGUAGCUUCGAUCACUGUUGCACGUAAUAUUGCUUGCACAUAAAGCUUCAGCAAGCACUUAACCGCCGUUAUUAGAACAAUUUGAUACGAUCAAUGAUUUUUUUUAAUACUCAAGAACUUUUUAGAAAAUUUUUCUACAGUAUUUUUAUGUUUCGGCAGCAGAGGUAUGCGAUAUUAUCGAAGCAGUGUUUCGCAUAGUACAUAUUUACUGAUUUGUUGCAGCUUUCCAUUUUUAUAUGUUUAUUUUAAAGACCGGAUGUAAGGUUGUAUUCUAUCUAACCCUAACACAUAAACGUUGACGUUAUCGAAUAUGUGAAGUAUCAUAAACAAUUUAAAUAUCUUGUAUAUUUCCUUUGCGCUGUAACAGCGCACUUGCGAUGUCUGGUUAAAUGGAACAUUAUUUAUUAGAUUUAUUAAUGCGAGCUCAAAUAUUUUCUAUUUUGUUAUCGUUAUCAAUUAAUUUUUUUAAUUGUAUGAUUAACCUAAGACCAUUAUUUGCACGACUACUAAUGUUGAAAAUUGUUAUCCAUUUGAUUAAAAAGAUAAAAAUUUUUUAUUGUAGUAUAUAUCCGAGCAUUAAUUGCGUAAUUUAAGAAUGCAUUUAUGUUUCUUUCUAAAAAUGGAAGCAGAUUGCUAACUGUGAACUAUAAACGCUAUAUCUCACAUUUAGAUACACUGAAAACUCUACACUUGCAACAACUUUCAAAGUAUCGACAUUUUGUGCAAUUACAAUUGUUCUUUCAUAGUUAAGAUUUUGCAGUUAAGAUUCUCUAGUUUUUAAUUUAGAGAUAAAAUCGCGUUGAGGACGGAAAUAACAGGUAUUUAAAUUCUAAUCCGUCAAAUUUACAAAUAGCUUAGCACUUGGACUAUUUUGCAUUACUUUAUUCUGUGAUAAAUUAUGAUCGUCGAUCAAGGACGAGAAACAAAAGACCCGUCAGGCACACAAAUGCGGUAGAUCUUCCAAAAACGAAUGUUGUAAUAGUGACUAAUCGUUUUUAUCGCUACCGCUUGCGUUAAUAUGUGCCAAGAUUGUUGAAUCAACAAUUGACAUCGAAAUCGAGAAAUUGCGGAACGAGGUGUUGAUGUAUUGCGUGUCGAAACGUGCGUCUGUAGUGCGAUACUGUAUAUAAUUUGAUAUUAAGGUUUUAUAUCGAAUUCAUUUACGAACGGAAGCGAUUCUCUGCGAAAAACCAUCGGCAAAAUAGUGCAAAAAUUUAUUCGAGGUGUAUCGAUCGCGAGACAUUUUUCAAAUAAAAUAUUUAUCUCUUACAUAUAAAUUUACAUCAUCCUUAAAUGACUUGAAUUGUUCGUAUUUAUGCCGAUUUUCAAUAGUGCCAAAGUGCUUAAAACAUUUUUUUUUUAAUGCACACGUAAAGUUAAAAUUUUUUUUUAAUUUUUAGAUUAAAAAUUAAAGCAGAAAUUUAAAUAUUUUAUUUUAGUAAAUUAAAAAAUUUGAAAAUAUUUGAAAUGGCAUGAACAAAAAUAAGCCAUGUGCAUCAUUCAAGAAUUUAUGACAAAAUCACACAAUUGUAUCGUCAUGACAAUUUGUUGAUACACGAAUAUUUAAAGAAGUAAAAGUGAUAGUAGUCGCUAUUUCCGAAGUUUUGCCGUAAUUUUUCACAAAGUGUCAAUAUUUACAAAAGCGCAUAUUCCGCUUGAUAGAUCGAAUUCCUUUUGUAAAUAUAUAUUUUAUACCGGCUGCGAGGACAGUCCGAUGCGCAAAAACGAAUCAAGAAUCUCAUAUCUAUUCCUCGUGGUGAUACGAUUUGCAAACUCGUUCAAUUAUUUCUGUCACGUAAUAUUGUAAUACAUAUUAGUAUAUAUACAUAAAGAUUUGUACAACAUGCGAAACAUGAAGGGGCACGGGUUGUCCCGCAACAUCAUAUUAUAAUACAAAUAUACAGAAGAAAAAGAACACGCUUGCAUAAUAAACGUGACUCUUC